UUUUCCGACGGAUGAGGAUCGAAACGCUGCCGUUCCCUUUAUCCAAGUAAACGCAGCGUUUCGAGCUUCCCCAAACUUCAAACACCGAGCAUUUUCUUCUUCUUCUUCAACCUACUGCAACUCACACUCGCAAUCCAUGGCAGCUCCAACUCAAGCCCUAACUCAGCGUCAACUCCUCAAAACCCUAACCAACCUCUUGACCUCCACAAAAAUCCUAAACCCAGAACCCCUAAAACCCUACAUUCCUCACCUGACCCAACCCCUCCUCCUCUCCAUCAUCUCCUCCAAAGCCCUAGCCUCUCAACCCACCGCCCUCCUCUUCUUCUUCCGGUGGGUCCAGGAUCACACGCCCUCCCUAACCCAAUCCCCACAGACCCUCCUCGCCCUCCUCCCCUCCCUCUUCACCCACCACAAGUUCUCCGACGCCAAAGCCCUCCUCGUCCAAUUCAUCGCCGCCGAUCGCAAGAACGAUCUCCACCGCCUCAUUCUUCACCCGGACCCCACCGUGCCGAAGCCCUCGAAGGCCCUUCUGGACACUUCCAUUGGGGCGUAUGUGGAAUCCGGGAAACCCCACCUUGCAGCCCAAGUGUUUGAUAAAAUGAAGCGGCUUCGGCUUCAGCCCAAUUUGCUCACCUGCAAUACUCUGAUUAAUGGUCUGGUAAGGUACCGGUCAUCGCAAUCGAUUUCAUUGUCUAGAGGUGUGUUUAAGCAUGCUGUUGAGUUAGGGGUUAAAGUGAAUACAAAUACUUUUAACAUUUUGAUAUGUGGGUAUUGCUUGGAGCAUAAGUUUAGGGAUGCUGUAGAGUUGUUGAGUAGGAUGAGUGAAUUCAGAUGCAUGCCCGAUAAUGUGAGCUAUAAUACGAUAUUGAACUGGCUGUGUAAGAAGGGGCAGUUGAGUGAGGCCCGGGACUUGUUGUUGGACAUGAAGAAUCGAGGGUUGUUUCCGAAUAGGAACACGUUUAACAUUUUGGUUUGUGGGUAUUGUAAGAUGGGAUGGUUGAAGGAGGCAAUGCAGGUGAUUGAGUUGAUGACACAGAACAGUUUGUUGCCGGAUAUUUGGACGUACAAUGUCUUGAUUAAGGGGUUGUGUAGGGAGGGUAGGAUUGAGGAGGCUCUGAGGCUUCGGGUUGAGAUGGAAAAUUUGAGGUUGAUGCCUGAUGUUGUCACGUAUAACACAUUGAUUGAUGGGUAUUUUGAGUGGAGCAGCGAUUCAGAGGCCUUUAAGUUGGUUGAGGAUAUGCAUGAAAAGGGAGUGAAAGCAAAUGCAGUUACUUAUAAUAUAAUAGUAAAGUGGUUCUGUAAAGAAGGGAAGCUGGAUGAAGCCAGUGAUACUAUAAGGAAGAUGGAGGAAGAUGGGUUUGCUCCUGAUUGUGUCACUUAUAAUACUUUGAUUAACGAGUAUUGCAAGGCAGGAAAAAUGGCAGAAGCAUUUAAAAUGAUGAAUAAGAUGGGUACGAAAGGUUUGAAGAUGGACAUCUUUACUCUCAAUACUCUUCUUUACACUCUCUGCAGUGAGAAGAAGCUGGACGAGGCAUUUGAGUUGCUUCGUACUGCAACUAAGCGGGGUUAUAUUCUUGAUGAGGUAAGCUAUGGAACCUUGAUCACGGGAUGCUUUAAGAACGAAAAGGCCAACAAGGGUUUCAAGCUUUGGGAUGAGAUGAAGGAGAAGCAGGUUGUUCCCAGCAUUGUCACCUAUAACACUAUAAUUGGAGGCCUCUGCCAGUCUGGAAAAACUGAUCAAGCAUUUGACAAGUUGAAUGAGCUUCUAGAGAGGGGUCUAGUCCCGGAUGGAAUUACAUACAACACAAUAAUUCAUGGUUACUGCCGUGAGGGGAAUGUUGAGAAAGCAUUUCAGUUCCACAACAAAAUGGUUGAGAAAUCAUUCAAGCCAGAUGUCUAUACAUGUAAUAUUCUUCUUUGUGGGCUAUGUAGAGAGGGUAUGUUAGAAAAAGCUCUUAAGCUUUUUAACACAUGGAUUUCGAAAGGGAAAGACAUUGAUGCAGUUACUUACAACACAUUGAUAUCAAGCCUUUGCAAAGAAGGAAGGUUUGAUGAUGUUUUUGCUCUUUUUUCGGAAAUGGAAGAAAAGAAAUUAGCACCAGACCAGUAUACAUACACUGCCAUUCUGGGUGCACUUACCGAUACUGGUAGGAUUAAGGAAGCAGAAGAAUUUAUUUUGAAAAUGAUUGAUAUGGGAAAGUUACCUGAUUGGCCCCCAGAAUUGGAGAAGGUUAAAAAUGGAGUGGCCGAAUCUUCAGUUGAAUAUGAUUCAAGCACAGGAGCCUAUUCAGAGAAAAUCAUUGAGUGUUGCUUUCAAGGUAAAUAUAAGGAUGCAAUGCACAUUUUGGAAGAGUCAAUGCAGAAAGGCAUGACGUUAAAUAAAGAUGUUUACAUUAAUUUGAUGAAUGGGCUGAUUAAGAGGCGAAAAAGCAUAUCAAAAGCUGUUAAGCUGUAGUGACACCUUAGGCUAUUUUUGACAAUGUCAGAGUGCCCAAGCCUUGCCUACACGUUCUAUUUGAAUUGGGCAACAACUGGACCAGCUGGAGUAAAUUCAAAUUGGUAAAGGAAGAUUUGUUUUACAAUCUGCUGAUGGUUUUAUUGAUGAGUGCUGAUCUAAGAUAAAAUUAAGUUUGACAUUUGUUGAAUGUCGCAGGUUCCUUAAACAAAAGAAAACAGUUCACGUGAAAUGAGCAACGUUUCUUUGUCCAUGCCAUUAAAUUUGAGGUUUGGUGGUGUUUAAGUAAAGGCAGGGCAUGGAAAUCUUAUCCUCCAUUCUGAGACCGAAAUUGGGAGUCGGCAGCUAAAAGUGGGACUAGCUUUCUUGAAAGGCAUUUCUUAUGGCUGAUGCGAGGAGAAACGGGUUCAUGAGGUUAGCAAUAAUCUGCAAGAUGUAAAGAAUCAAGUUCAUUUUUCUUUCAAAUUUGUUCUAUAUUUGAGAAUGAUAGAGGGAAGAAUGAAGGUGGUAAGGUUCCACAUCAGCCUACAGUGUAGUACAAGGGAAAGUUUCCCUUAGAACAGAUCGUAAUGUUUAAGAAGUGCUGGGUGUCAUAUUGCAUCUUUCUUAGCCCUUUCGGACAAGAUAGAGUUUUUUUCUAUCAUUCUUGACAGUGGCAAUAGAGGUCGCACUUGGUGCGAUGGCAAGUGCCUUCGCCCAUGAGCGGUAGGUCUCGGGUUCGAGACUUGGGAGCAGCCUCUCUAUAAAAUGGGGGUAAGGCUAGCCGACAUUCACCUCUCCCAGACCCUGCGUAAAGUGGGAGCCUUGUGCACUGGGUACGACCUUGACAGUGGCGAUAUUCCUAAGGUUUGCGGAACAAGGGAAACGCAGUCUGCGGGUUACAGCAUGUGUCAUACUAUCAGCGAUUCAGCAUCAAAGAGUAAUUCUCCUCGACAGCCAGACUUCCAACCCCAUUCCUCUUCAGAAAGAAGGAAAAGCCAUGGUCAAUGAGGGGAUGAAAGAUACAUUAUCCAUCGCAUACGCGUGUUAGAAAUGGAUUAGACUAUAUGAGUUCAGAUGCAUUGCGUUAGGACUGAGCGCUCCACAAAAGUGUCACCUCACUUUCGCGAGGAUCCCUGCAAUUUCUGGUACAAUUUGUGCUUUAAAAGUUGUCAAUGAUGAAAGGAAGAGAGCUGUAAGCUGCAUGAUUGUAUUUAUAUGCCAUUGCUCUCUCUGUAUUAUAGAUGAACUGUCUUUUAUAUCUUCCUGAAAAUAUCCCGCCGUGUAAAUUAAGUGUUUGGAUGAUGAGAAAAGAAAGAAAUUCAAUAAAGAUUAUGAAGGAUGCUGGUAUUAUCCCAUAA